AUGGGAUUCGGUGAUCGAGGAGGCGGUCGUGGCCGCGGCGGCUUUGGCGGUGGCGGAGGCCGUGGUGGAGGUCGAGGAGGUUUCGGCGGUGGUGGUGGUGACCGAGGAGGUGGACGAGGCGGCUUCCGCGGCGGCUUUGGCGGCGGCCGAGGUGGCACUCCGAAUGGCCGAGGCGGAUUCGGCGGCGGCCGAGGCGGCGGUGGCCGUGGUGGAGGCGGCGGCUUCGGCGGCGGCCGAGGUCGCGGCGGUGGCUUCAAGAGCCCAGGAGGUUUCGGAGGACGAGGUGGCCGAGGAGGAGGCCGCGGCGGACCCGGUGGCAUGCGCGGCGGGAAGAAGGUGAUCGUGGAGCCGCACCAGCGCCUGGCGGGCGUCUUCAUCGCCCGCGGCAAGGAGGACUCGCUGGUGACGAAGAACCUGGUGCCCGGCGACGCCGUCUACGGGGAGAAGCGCAUCAGCGUGGACAUGGAGGGCGGCGGGAAGAUUGAGUACCGCGUGUGGAAUCCCUUCCGCUCGAAGCUCGGAGCGGCCGUGCUCGGCGGCGUCGAGGACAUUCACAUCAAGCCGGGCAGCAAGGUGCUCUACCUGGGCGCCGCCUCGGGCACCACCGUCUCCCACGUCUCGGACAUUGUCGGCCCGGAGGGUCGGGUGUACGCGGUGGAGUUCAGCCACCGGUCCGGCCGUGACCUGCUGGGCGUCGCCCAGAAGCGCUCCAACGUGGUGCCCAUCAUCGAGGACGCCCGCCACCCGCACAAGUACCGCAUGCUGGUGAGCAUGGUGGACACCAUCUUCGCGGACGUCGCCCAGCCCGACCAGGCGCGCAUCGUCCUCCUCAAUGCGCAGUACUUCCUCAAGAUUGGCGGCCAUGUGGUCAUUUCCAUUAAGGCCAACUGCAUCGACUCGACCGCGCCCGCCGAGUCGGUCUUCGCGAUGGAGGUGAAGAAGCUGCAGCAGGAGCGGGUGAAGCCGCUGGAGCAGGUGACGCUGGAGCCCUAUGAGCGUGACCACGCCGUCGUCGUCGGACUGUACAGGUCAGUUCGAGCUGACGGCAUGAAGGACUAG